CAUGGUAACCACUAAGCGUCAAAAUAUGGCUUCUCUGCUGAGUGAGACGCUGUUUGAAACCGCUGGACAAGGCCCUCCUCCCUCCAAAGACUUCUACCAGUUUAUCAUCACACAAAACAAGGUGAUAUGGAGGUGGUGGAAGAUUUCCGUUAGGUCUGAGUUCAGAGGAGCCCCACCUGGAGAGAUCAAACUCCUCCACCAUGACUUUCUGAAUGAUGCACAGCUGCAGGAGCAGCUAGCUGCAGUGUUUGGCACCAAGAUCCUGGACUACACUUUGGCUCUGUGUCGAGGGCAUGUUGACUAUCUGGAACGUUUACCUGACAAGCUGCUCCUUAAAAUCCUUUCCUACAUGCCCUUACAGGACACUGGCCGCCUCAGCCAAACCUCAAGCAGGUUUAGGAAGCUGUGUAACUCGGAGGAGAUCUGGAGGCAGGCUGUGAGGGGUCACUGUGAUAUGAUAACUGAAGACAUGGAGAUGCUUGCCAGUGUCAUGGGAUGGAAGAACAUCUUCUUUAAGUUUUACUAUAAUACAGAACAUGACGGCACGGCCUGUCCUGCAGAGGAAGAAGAUAAAGCCAAUACUGAAUCGCCAUGAGCUAAUAAAACAACUCUUAGUCAACCAAAAAGACAAUCAUAUGA